CUGCUUUGAGCUCCAGCAGAAACGCGCAAAGAUGCUCUGAAAGCAAGACUGUAGCAUCUCCGAGUCAGAGCCUACUAAAACAUCGCAUCUCCUUCAAGCGCUCAUCCAGCGCUUCAACGCCAUCCAGCUCUAUCUGCAUGGUUUGUCCACCUGCAUGCGGGAUCCGCUGUUUUUUCUUUCGCCUCUUGUACAUUUCCCGUUGCUAUUUAUUAUCCGCGCGCAUCUUCCCAGUUUUUAGCAGUGAAUCUUUUGAGUUGUGCCGACCACUGAGGUCAUAUAUUGUUUUCAGCAGGAGAGCGCCAUCGCAGAGCCACGAGUGAGGACGUUUCCCACAUCACUUGUUAUUAAUAUCAGUACAGCCUGAGCCACUGGAUAUCGAUGCGCCUUUCAAUCCGUAUCUAGGCUGCUACGGAGGAUCGACGCACCCCAAACAUUCAUAUCAUCGUGGUUUCACAUUUAGAAACAACAUAUUUGCGUAUCGCGUGUAGGGAAAACAAGAUCGAGCCUAAAGCUUCUUUAUAAAAAAUGAUGGCCGGUGGGGCAGUGCAGCAAAACGGGAUUUUCUCCAAUCCGCAUCAUCACAAUCAACAGCCGCACAUGGAGUCUGAUCCCCCCGAUUCCCGCAAAAGACCCCUGGAGACCCCGACGGAGGCCAGCAGCACCAAGCGCACAAACACAGGAGAGAGAUGCAACCAACCAGCCAUCCAUGAUCCACCAUUUUCAUCAGAUUUUGUCGGAUUUCACGAGGAAGGCGAAUAUUUCUUAAAAGUGCUGAUUCCAAGCUACGCCGCAGGCUCCAUAAUUGGCAAGGGUGGUCAGACUAUUGUCCAGCUACAGAAAGAGACAGGGGCCACCAUCAAGCUGUCCAAAUCCAAAGACUUCUACCCGGGAACAACCGAGCGCGUCUGCUUGGUCCAGGGCACUGUAGAGGCGCUGAACAGUGUCCAUGACUUCAUCGCGGAGAAGGUGCGGGAGAUGCCGCAGAGCGCUCAGAAAACAGAGCCAGUUAGCAUACUUCAGCCACAGACCACCGUCAACCCUGACCGUGUCAAACAGGCCAAGCUGAUAGUGCCCAACAGCACGGCAGGGCUGAUCAUUGGCAAGGGCGGAGCCACGGUGAAGGCCGUCAUGGAGCAGUCUGGUGCCUGGGUCCAGCUCUCACAGAAACCCGAAGGCAUCAACCUGCAGGAACGCGUCGUCACUAUCAGCGGGGAGCCCGAGCAGAACCGCAAGGCUGUGGAGAUCAUUGUGCAGAAGAUCCAGGAGGACCCGCAGAGCAGCAGCUGUCUGAACAUCAGUUACUCUAACAUCUCUGGCCCUGUGGCCAACUCCAAUCCCACCGGUUCCCCAUAUGCCAACUCUGCAGAGGUAAUGCCGGCUGCUGCCGCAGCGGCAGCGGCCACGGCCUCCAGUCUCCUGGGGCAGGCCAGUCUGGCGGGAGUGGGCGCCUUCCCCACCACCAUGUCCAGCUUCUCAGGGAACGACCUGCUGACUAUCACAUCCGCACUGAACACGUUAGCCAGCUACGGAUACAAUACCAACUCCCUGGGCCUAGGGCUCAACCCUGCGGCUGCCUCAGGAGUCCUCGCUGCUGUGGCUGCAAGCGCUAACCCUGCUGCAGCCGCGGCCGCCAACCUGCUAGCCUCCUAUGCCAAUGAUGCGUCCACCAGCUCCGGCCACCACGCGACCAGCCUGGGAGGCUUCACGCUAGGCUCGCUCGCCGCCGCCACCGGAGCCACCAACGGCUACCUGAGCGCCGCUUCCCCGCUGAUGGCAAGUUCACUACUGGCCACCGAGAAGCUGACCGAGGGGGCCAAAGAUGUGGUGGAGAUUGCGGUGCCGGAGAACUUGGUGGGCGCCAUUUUGGGGAAGGGAGGCAAAACACUUGUGGAGUACCAAGAACUGACGGGAGCCCGCAUCCAGAUCUCCAAAAAGGGAGAGUUUGUUCCUGGCACCAGAAACCGUAAAGUUACCAUUACCGGAUCGCCAGCCGCCACACAGGCAGCCCAAUAUCUUAUCAGCCAGCGAAUCACAUAUGAGCAGGGUGUGAGGGCCACCAAUCCGCAGAAGGUGGGCUAAAAACAGGGAGUAUGAAAAAAGGAGAGAAAAGAGUGGGGGAUGGGGAAGAUACAAAGAAAGAUGGAGGGCGUGAAUAUCAACGAAAAUCAGCCACAUUCUUUGUGGGAAAAAUCUCAGUAUUAAAAAAAAAGAUGGAAAUAAUUCCUCUCAAAGUGGAAAAUUUGAAAAAGAAAAAUGUGUAAAAUGUAAAUAUGGGUUUAAUCCUUAAGUUCUGGAUUUUUAUUGGUUAAAUUUGUUUUGUUUUUUUCUUUUGUUUAGUUUUUUUUGUGUGCAUUUUCUGGACAGCAGUGAAUGGCAUUUCAACCUGGCAUGCUGCCUCGCUGCAGUUCCCAGCAGGUGGGCAAGGUGGUCGGAUGGGGGACAAUGGGGUGGAGCAAUCCCAGGAAUCAGCCCUUUCCCCACCCCCAUCCCCUCCUAGCUAACAGAUUUUUGUUCUUUAAUCUUUUAGUCCUUAGUUUAACUCCCACACUUUCGCCCAUGCCUUCUCUUUAAGAGGGCCUGAGACUGAUUAUUUACCCCUCCCCCCUCCCUCCUCCCUCAGUCUGUGACACCGCAUAUCCCACCCCAGCCCUUCUGAUCCCAGCCGGCCCAACCCUGGGCAGGAUAGGGCAGGGGAAUGCGAGGCUGCUGCAGGGUCUCUCAGCGCCACUAGACAUUGACCUGGGGUUCCAAUUGGACCAGGUGCAUGCCAUUACUGAUGUUGUUAGCAUAAGGGAAGCUUGUAGAUCAUGUUGCGGACAUAGGCCAGGACGCAAAACACACCUGAAUCUUUCGUACCAGAGCUCCUAGAAAUUGUGGCAUUUGUCUAUGGGAUUCGAGGUCUGGUGUUUAUACAAAUACUAUUAUCAUUAUUAUUAUUACUACUACUAUUAUUAUUAUUACAAAUGAUCAUCUCCAUCAACGUUAUUUAUUCAUAUGAUUUCACCCAUAAGGACUGAAGUAUUUUCUUUUGUUUUUCUUAAUCUGUGAAUUCAGGUUGACAUGAAUGUAAAGACAAUAUUUUGGAUUUAGUUUUUUAUUUAAGUUGAUUGAAUCGUGUGUCCAUGUAAUAUAUGUCUUAUUUAACGUCCAGUGAUAACUGCACCGUCGGCACCAACAGAGAAUAGGGGCAGAUGUACUGUACAGUGAUAUUAAUACAAAAAAAACACACAAACACACACCCUCAGCAAACUAUUACCAGACUUAAAUGCUGAAAAUGCAACUAAAAACAGACUUGAAAUCACAGUGGGACUAGACAAUUUAUUCACAUAUCUACUGAAUGAGAAUGUAGGUCUUUGCACAAGUCCAAGGGAGUGUAUCAGAAUACGACUUUAUAUAAAAGCCAAUCCCUUUCUGUAACGUCCCAAAACAUAUCCCCGUCUUUACUCUACGCUGCCCCUCUGCAGCGCGAGAGAUUGUGCACUUUGAGCCGCUGCAGUCGAGUAUCUGCACAAAUCUGCUGGAAAAUUUGCGUAGAUAUUCCAUAUCAAAUCAGAAAAUUGGCCCUCAGAGCUCUGAGGCGUUUCAUGAACACAUACUACUGAAAGACUAAGAACAAAUUCUGAUCUGCACAGACUGCUUAGUAACAUGGUCUUCUCUGGAAAUCCCAGGUUGUGUGUUCUACUGUGACUAUACAUCCUGAGUCACCAGUAAAUCUAAUUCUAGAACGGGCUACCCAUGUGAAGAUCUUUCUGUGCAGAUCUGAACUACCCAUGUGCGACGUAUGUGCUGCUAAUAAGGUCCUAUUUCCUUUUUGUUUUGAAUCGGAGUACACUGAAUUUCGUCUUAAUGCACUGUGAAGUGUGGAGGCCGUGAUGGAAGGCCAAAAAAAGUCAGGGUUUCUAUAUCGUUAUUGCAUCGAAGCAUCACCAUGAUGGAAUGUACUCAUGUGGAACGUCUCAUAUUUAUAACAACCUCCAUGGAGUCAAGGUAUCGCUUACCGUAGGGUGGAAAGGAAGCCUGGAUGGUUUGUUAGGUUGAGGUCAGACUCUUCGGACAAGUUUUUUUUUUGGCAUCAUGUUGCAGUAUCCAACCUUAA